CUCUUUCUCUUUCUCUUUCGUUAUCAUCCUCAUCCCAGCCCUCAUCAUCUUCAUCUUCAUCUUUCUGGUUACCCUUUGGUAAAAAAGUGUCACCUUUAAUAAGAGACUUUCCUUUUCGCGUCUCUCCCUCUUGUAGUUAAUGUCCCGUUGAUCAAUUGAUUACCACAAUUAACUAAUCACAAUCAUUAAAAUCAUUGAGAAAAAAACAACAUCACGUUGAUUGUUACAAUCAAUUUACUCCAUGAUUAGAGGUGUUAAUUGUCACCUUUUCAUUUAAAUAUUAACAUUGUUGUUGUUAUUUUUGUUUUUGUUGUAAAAAAGUCAACUUUUUAAUUUGCUGUUGUGUUAAUUGUGAUUAAUUAAUUGAUUGUAUUGGUUGGUUGAUGAAAAAAAAAAUGUUUCCAAGAAGUGGACAAUCAACUUUAACCCCGGAAGUACCAAGACGAAAACACCGGAAAGGUUUAAGUUCAUCGGGUCACAAUUUAAAUUCAGUGGGCCAACAAAAAUAUGAUCGAGAUGCACUUGCCUUCAAUCAUUAUAUUGGAUAUUUAAAACAACCAUUGAGAAGACAUUUAUCAUCGGAUAUAACAUAUCUCGUCCCAUCAAUGCCAAUCCAGUUAAAUAAAGAUGGAAACAACAAUCAACCCCAACAAUUAACUACUCGAGAGGUUAAUCAACCAAUAAAUUAUGAUCGACCUCCUUUGGCCUUAAGUCCAGAGCCAAUAUAUUCCGCUCCAAGACGACAACGAUCAUUUCGUAAACAAAGAUCACUUGAUAAUCCAGCGAACGAUAAUCAAAGUAAAUCAAUUAAUUGUUCCAAUUUGGGUCCAAAUGAAAAACCAACAAUUAAUCAAAUUGACUAUUUAUCGAUAGCAUCAUCGGUUCCCCAUUUAGCACAACAACAACAAUCACCAAGAAAUUCACUUCUAGAACAACAAUUAGUUAAACAGGAGAAAAAAUCAGAUAAUCAAUUGAAACCAAUUUCGGUUUCAACUGAAGGAUUAAUUCAACAUAUUAUAUCCCAACAAUCACAGAUUGAAAGAUUAUCAAAGCAACAAGAUUUUCUAACUCAACAAUUGUUAAUUUCACGAGAUUUGGGAUCAAGUGAAUCGAGUAGUAAACGAAAUGGACGAACACGAACUCGAUCAAGAUCAAAAUCUCAACAAUUAAGUGGUAGUUUAUCCUCAUUGGAACCAGUUAAAAGACGCUCAUCAUCAAGGGAAAAGAUUCAAGAGCAAUUACAUGCCCAACAAGCUCGAGUUCAACAACAUAUCCAACAAUUAGAAGCUCAAUUAGAAAUGAUUCGUGAUAUUAGAACUGGUUCAUCGACCAGGCCGACAUCUAGGUCACAUUCACGGGCGACCUCAGUUCGAGACGGGUCAAGUUGUCCACCGGAAGAGGAGGCAGAGGAAGAGGAGGAAAUUGAUCAUCAACACCAACAUUCAAAUCGACCCUUGUCAGCUGAUCCUAAAUGGUUAAAAUCAAGUGAUUCAACCUCACCACAACUGAAAGAUGAACAAUUAAAAUCAACAACCUUAGUAUUACCUACAAUUAAAACGACAAAAUCAGUAAAUAGUAAUAAGGGAAAAGUUAACAAUUCCGAUCGCGAAUCAGUUAUUAGUAAACCAAGAUUAAUGUUAACUAAUCCAUCGGAGGAAGGUAAAGACGAUGAUUUAGCAAUUGGAUCAGAAAAUAAUCAAGGUAAAUUGAUUGUUAAUCGACCAGUUUUAAUUGAUGAAGAUGAUGGUAUACCUUUUAUGGAUGAUGAAUUGAUUGAUGAGCCACCGGAUGAUAAUGAAUCAGAUGAAUUGGAAACUGUGUUUGAAUUUGAUUCAAAUGUUGAUGGGGAAAAAUUAGAUUAUCGGGAUGAUGAAGAGCUAAUUGAUAGGGAAGAUGAAGAUUGGGAAGAUGAUGAUGAGCUGGAUUAUUAUUCUAGAUCACCACAAGCUGAGACUGACCAAUGGUCAAGAUUAAUGGAGGAAGAUAUACUUAGAGCAAGAGAGGAGAUGGACAGACAACGAUCGUUAAUGGAAAGACAAGAAAUGGAUCUUUCUGAUCAACGGCAACAAUUAAUUGGAUUAGAAAAUGAUGAGAUGAUUAAUUUAACACCAGAACAAUUGAAUAAUCAGAAAAUUAAUCAACAACUAUUAACAAUUAAAAAAGAAACUGAAACUUUAAAUCAACCAGAUAUAAAGCAAUUGAGAUACUCACCAACCCACAGUAAACAAUUAAAUCAAACAAUCAACCAAAAUUUGAUUCCAUUAACUCAAUCAAGAUCUAGAUCAAGAUCACCAAGUCCAUUUACAGUUGAAGAGCAAACAAUUAAAUCAAUUUCUGAUGAUAACAAUUAUCGAAAUCAAAUCGAUACUAAUCGUGGAAACGUAUUCAAUUUUAACGAUAUGGAAACACAACAAUUUCAAUCACAAUUAACUUCAAACAAUCAGCCAGUCAAUUUAUUAACAAGUAAACCUCAAAGAUUAUCUCCUAAUUAUGUUAAUCAACAACAGCAACAGCGACAAUUAACUAAUAUGAUUAAUCAACAGCAAAUACCAACAUCUUCGGGAUCGUCUUUUAGUCCAGUGGUCAACAGAUCAAAUCAAAGUGGAAAUGAAAUUAAUUAUAUUGUUGGACCACCGAAGAUUAUUGAUAGACAAAUAUCAACACCAAUUAAUGGAAACAAUCAAAUUAAGUCACCGAAUAGUAAUUACAUUAAUCGACCUUCGAUUGAAGAUCAACCAUCAAACCUUUUUGUUCAGUCAUCUAUGUUGCGAUCUAAAAUGUUGGCAUCACCAAUUAAUUUAGCAAAUUCUAAGCAAUUUAAUCAACCGGCAGUUCCACCUCGACGAAAGCCCGUUACCCCACGGACUCAGUCACCGAUUCAAGUUCCGUCGAGUGUCACAUCACCUUCGUAUCGAAUUCAAACUAAUAAGAAUCGAAUGGCAGGUCAACAAGUAAUCAAUUCUUCCCCUAGGCGACCUCAAAGAUCAACAUCUCAAAUUGAUCAAAAUUUUUCGAUAAAUCAACAAUCCAAUCAACCCCAACAACAACAACAAUUAAAUCAACCACAAUUUAACCAGUCAUUUAAUUCAAUGCAAGGAUCGUCCAACAAUUUAAUUUAUCCCCAAGCUAAUCAGCCACAUCUUUUAAUGAAUCAACAAUCAAACCAACAAUUUAAUCAAUCAUCAAUUUCCUCCAAUAAUUUGACUGCAAGAUUAUCACCAAACUUGUAUUCACCAAAACCAACCCCAGUCCAGGUCCAAAAACCAAUAGCGACUACGACAACAAUUAAACCACCAACAAUAUCCCGUCCAGAGUCAAUGUUCAGGCCAAUUUCAAGCAAUCAAAUGCAAACAAAAUCAAAUGUCCCACCGAUAAUCAAGAUUGACCCAUCACGAAGCUCAUCUAAUCUCAAUUUAUCAUCACCAUCUCCAUCAACAUCCUUUAUUAAUCAAUCACGACGAUCACCAAGUCCACAGCCCCAAUCACAACAACCCCCAUCAUCAUCUUCAUCAUCUUCAUUUUUAAAACGAGCUGGAUCAUUCAUCCAACGGAAUACAACAUUUAUGAAUAAACAUCAAUCUAAAAAUUCAGAUCAAAAAAGUCAGCAAUCAACACGAUCACGAUCACGAUCACCUUUACCUGUUGCGACAACUAUGACUGCCCCAAGUAUUACAAUUUCACCACAAACACCAUCGAUAAACAAUUUAAUUGAGAAUGUAAAUCAAUCAUUUAGCGGAAAUACUUUGAAAAUUGAUUUACAAGCAAUUCGAUCAAAUCGAUCAUCUCGAGCAUCUUCACCAGCCCCACCCUCAAAAGACCCACCGCCAUUGAUGAGAAAAAUUUUCAUCAAUAAGGAUACAGUUGAAGCAGGUUCCUUUGUUGAUCAUUUUAAUCACUAUUAUGCACCACAGUCUGAACCUAAUCGACGUCCAUUAAGUCAACAAUUUACACAUUUAUCAACUGGUGAAUUAAAUAAAUUAGGACGAUCCAUAACACCGAUGAGAGAGUUCAACAAUCAAGGUAAACAAUCAACGGAUAAUCAACCACUUAAAAGAUCACCUUCAACCUUCAAUAAUAGUAAAGUGCCUAAUCAAAGUACAGCAAAUGCUUUGAUUGACGCUCCAAUUAAUUACGAGAGGCGACAAACUUUACCUGAGAUAAGCAAAGUUCUUGGGGUGGAAGAUACAACCACCGCCAAGGAAGAAUCAAUUUUAAGGAAUCUCUCUGGGAAAAAGAAACACUCACUUCCACAAAAUGAUUUAAAUGAGGUUCCAUUGAUUCCUGGAUGGGAGAGGGAAAAGGUUGCCACUUUGGCCCAUGAGGCUCGAGAGGCGAGAAUGAACCAGCCGACUGGACCGAUGGUCCAUUUGACCGCAGCCACUAAUUGGUUGAUUAAAUAUAAAUUGAUUGGAUUGAUUAUCUUCUUCAAUGCAAUAUUAAUGUACCUUUUUAUUAGGAUACUUCAACCAAUUGAUCAGUUUAACAUGAAUAAUGAUCAAUCAAAAUCAACGUAGAAGUAAAAUGAAACUUUUUUUUCAUUUCGAAAAACUUGUUAAAAUGUUUGAAUUUGUUUGAAAUAAACACAAUAAAAUCUGAACCAUAAUUUUGGA